AUGAUCAUAUUUUCAUUACUUAUUUCAAUAGCAAUAGCAUGCAAGUAAUAAAAUAAUAUAUAAGUUAGAUCAAUUAGUGAAUCUGAAUCUAUAAAUUUAGAGAAUGGAAAGAAAUAAGAAUUAUGUUUUAAAGUGAAUAAAAAUUUACCAACAAUAAUAUAAUUAGUUAAAUAUGAAGAUGAAGGUUCCAGAAAGAAAAAGAAAAAAGGUAAUAAAGAAAAAGAAGAGGAGAGUGAUGAAAAUAUAUUAAUUUAUGGUAUCUAAUGUUUAUAAUAUAAUUUAGAGGAAGUAUCUCUAGAAUAGUGUAAAUUAAAACAAGGACAAAGAAUAUGUUAUUUUGAAAAAGGUAAUGAUAGAUUAGAAAUUGAUGUAAAAUGUACAAAAGGACCAUGUAAAUUCAAUAUAAUAGUAAUGCAAGAGGAAGUAAAGUAAUUAUAGAUUGGAAAACAAUAAAAAUAGAAAUUGAAAUUAUUGAAAAUUGUUUAGAACUCAAUAUAUAGAAUUGUUUAUUCAAUAAAAUGUAGUAAUUGUGUAAUUACUUAUGCUGAUUUAUGGUAUUAUGGAGAAUAGCCAACUAUUAUAUAAAGUGAUAUAAGAUAUAUAGUAGUAUUUAAUGAUGGAAUAGAGAGUGAAACAAUAUUGAUUUUAAUUGGAGAAUAGGAAUUUGAAAUUGAAAGAUUUGAAUAUGUGAAAUAACAGAAAUUGAAUGUUAAUUAAUUAAUUAUAGAUGGAAUACAAAAAUAAAAAAAAAAUGAAUAUGUUAUUGAAGGUUUAAAAGUAGUAAAACUUAAAUCUUAUUCUCAUGAUAUCUUAAAAAUUAAAGUAAGAAAUUAAUAAGGAGAAAUUAUUAUUGAUUAGAUUGUUAAUACAUUAUAACAUAAUAAUUAUAAUUUAUUAUGGAAUUAAGAAUUCAAUAAUUUAGAAUUAAGUUCUAAUAAUAUAAUAAGUUAUCAAAUAGAAAUUAUAGAAUAAACUGAUUUAAUUUCUAUUGAAGGAAAUAAUUUAGCUAUGGGAAAACAUAAUGGAAUAGUAAAUUACAAAUUGAAAUUAUUUGAUAAUUAAGAUAAUCAUUUUACAGUAUCAGCAGAUAGUGGAUAAGAUGUUUCAGUUUAAGUGAAAUCAUGUAAAGGAAAUAAAUGUGAAGCCAUUGAAAAAAUAAAAAAUGGAGAAAUAUAUCAAUCUGUUGAAUAAAAAUGUGAUAAUCCAGAUAAAGACAAUUAUUGUUGGUUUGUGAUUGCUAUUGAAACUUAAGGAAUAUAUAGUCUUAAUAUUGAUGAUGAUAAUGAAGCUAAAAUGCUAACAGAAAAUCAAAUGAUUAAUUCAGAAAUAGAUGAAGAGGAGAAACAUCAUUAUAAAUUUAAUUUAGCAAAUUCAUAAAAUUAUAGUUCAGUUAUUUUUAGAGUUACUUCUGAAAAUGUUUAAAUUUUAAUAAGUAAAUCAUCUAAAUGUUAAUUGGUUAAUUGGAAAUGUUAUGAAUAUAGUGGAACUAGUGAAUAACCAAUUAGUUUAAGUGAUUCUUAAUUAAAAGAUGGUUAAUAUUCUAUCACUAUUGAAGGUAUGGAAUUAGCAAAGUAUGGAUUAAUAAUAGAAACUCAUCCAAAAGAUAAGAUUAAUAUUAUUAAUAUUAAUAAAGGAUAGAUUUAUAAAUCUUCAAUUAAUUCUAAUUAAAAGAAAUAAUGUUUUAGAUAUGAAUAAACUACUAAAGGUGUUUUAACACUUUUAAUACAUGGACCAAAUUAGAAACUUGUUAGUUAUGCUAAUAUUGAUACUGAUGAUGAAAUACCAACUAAAGGAGAUUAUGAUGUAAUUACAGGAAAUUCAGCUUUAUAAUUAAUUAGUGAUAGAUUUAUAGCAUGUAUUGAAAUUUAAGUUUAAAAUAAUUAAGAUGUUAAAGAUGAAAAUAAUUAUAAUGAUAUAAAAUUUUCACUUAUUUUAUAUGAUUCUUAAUCUGUUAUUAAUUUAGAAUUCAAUUCAGCUUAUUAUGGAUAAGUAGCAUUUACAGAAUAAUAAAGAUUCUCUUUUUUAAGUUAUUUUGAUGAAGAUGUUGUUUAUAUAACUAAAAACAUACUAUCAAGUGGUGAUGUCAAUAAAGAUUUAUAAGUAUAUGUUGGAAAUAUGUUAUAUGAAAAUUUGGAAUAAUAUGAAUAUAAAUUUUUUGAUAAUGAAAUAAGUACAUUUUCACUUUCAAGUGAAAAAAUGAAAAAAUUAUGUGAUAUAAAUGAGAAUAAUUAAAUAAGUUUUGAUCAUGAUCGUAUUACUCAUCUUUGUGAAAUAUUUAUUGUUGUCAAAAGUAUAUCUAAAACUCCUGUUAGAUAUACAUUAACAAUUCAUAAAUAAGAUUUGGCCAUUCAAUUAACUGAUGGAUUAUAAUUAUCAUACAAUUUGUAAAAUAUUGAAGAAUUUAUGCAUUUCUAUUAUUAACCUAAUUCUAAGUCUAUUGAUGUUAAUUUAUUUGCAUCUACAUUUUUUGGUAAAUUUUUAUUACAUAUUAAUAUAUGGAAAUUAAAUAAGUCUUAACAUAAAUCUGAUUGGCCAUUUAUUGAUAAAAAAGAUGAUUCAGAUAUUUCCAGUGGUUCAACCAAUCAAAUACAUAGAACACUUAAAUCAAUAGCUUUAGAUUAAUGUUGGCCUGAUUGUGUAUUAUUGAUAUCUGUUUAAAGAGUUUAAAAUAAUUAAAUUAAUGUGUAAAAUUUUAAUGAUUAAUUCCAUAUAAUGAUAAAUUAAGGAAUGUAAGAUGUUAUUGAAGGUUAAAAGUAUGAAGUUUCAAUUAAAAGUGAAGAGUCUGUUUAUUUCACAUAUAAAAAUUUGUAAAAGUUUAGAGAUGAUGCUUAUUUAACAUUUUCUUUAUUGUAAUUAAUAGGUAAUGGUUAUUUUACAAUUAGUGUAAAUGGUGGGGAUUAUUUUGAAUAUCCUAAUAUAUAUGGAUCAUAUGAUUUCCAUUCUGAUGGAACUUACUUUUAAUUAUCUAAAGAUCAAUUAAAUGAGAAAUUAAAGGAGAAAGAUAUUACAAUUUAAGAUGCUUAUUUGAUUAUCUCAAUUUCAGGAAUAUAAAGUUAUUAUACUUCUAUUCAAUAAUCAAUUAAAUUAGAAUUUACUAUUUCUUAUAUGAAUAUGGAUUAUAUUUAAGUUAUGCAUAGUCAACCUAAUACAAUACAUUCCAAAAAACAUCAACCUACAAUUGUUUAAUUUUAUAAUUAUCUUAAUCAAGAUAUAUUUAUUAAAUUACAUAGAUUUUUAGGAUAUGGAUCAAUGUCUGUUUUCAUAUGUAAUCAAUAUAGUAAUAUUGCUGAAUGUGUUAAAGAUAGUAAUGAUGUAGAAUUUAAAUAUCUUGAUACAGUUUUAGCAGCUGGUAAUGAAAAUUCUUAAAUAUUAAUUUAAUCUAAUGAUAAAUCUAAAUUCUGUAUUUAUUGUACAUAUAUUAUCAAAAUUGAAUCUUAAGAAAGUGAAUUACAUGGUUAAUUAACAGUAGUAUUAGAAAAUGAUUUUGUUAAAUUACCAGCUGGAGUUUAAUAUAGUGAUUAUGUAGAAAAAUAGAGUUCAUCUUAAUUUUCUAUUUUCUUUACAUAGGAUAGUAAAAUUGAAAUAUUUAUUUAAAUAUUUACAGGAGAUCCUAUUGUUUAAUAUUCAUUUAAUUAAGAUAAUCUGAAUUCAAGUAAAAUUAUUAAAGCAUAACCAAAUAAUAAAUAUAUUCAUAUAACUGUCCCUAGUUAAAAAUUAUUGAAUGAUCUUGAAGAUUUAGCUUAAGGUUUAUUAAAUAAAAAUAAGGAUAAAAAAAAAGAAGAUGAAUUUGGACUAUUACCAUCACAUUUUGUUCAUGAUGAAUUAUUUAUAAAGGUUUCUACUAAAUCCAAUAAUCCUUGCAAUUAUACAAUUUACUAUACAAGUGAUUUUAUUAAUGGAAAAUUAUAAGAUGGUAGAAUACAUUUAGCCAUUAUUGAAAAUAAUAUCACAUUUUUAUAUGAAAAUUAUGAUGACCAGAUAUCAGUACUUAAUCUAUCUCCUUUGAAUUAAACUUCAUUAUAAGAUAUUGAAAUAAAAGUUCUUUAUAUUAAAAAGUUAGCAUUUGAUGAUUAUCAUUAUGAAACUUUAGAAGAAAUUCCAAUCAAAACUAGAUUGAUACAUCCUCUCUCUAGUAGUUAUGAAUUACCUAAAGAUAAAGGAAUCUAUGAAAUUAUUUUGAAAAAUAAAAAAUAUAUAGAAAAUGGACAAGACAUAAAUCCUACUUAAUUUAUUGAAAUCAGUGCUUCAACUAGUGAUAUCAGAAUCUUACCAAUUUAAAGACAUCAUAGUGGUUACAUCAACACAGCUGAAUUUGAUUAUUAUGAAACUUAUGCUCCAUCUGAAGGGUAUUUAGCUGUUGAAAUUUAUUCAUGCUCAUCUGAUAUCAAUUUUAGCUUCUCAAAAUCAGAUAUUAAAUCUUUCAUUGAUGAAGAAUAUGAUGAAUCUAUUGAUAUUCCAGAAAAAGAUUAUCAUGUUGAAAUGAUUUCAGUUGAAAAAGGAACUUUAUGGAUUGCCAUCAAAGGAACAUCUUCAAUAUCUGCUUAUUAUCAUAUUACAAAUCAUUUCUAUUAAAAUAGAAAAGAUAUACCUUUUGGUAAAAUAUUAGCUGGAAAUGAUGGUAAUAUAAAGUGGAAAUUAGAUAAACAAAAAGCUGAUUUCAUAUAAAUAGAAUUUGAACAUGCUACUUGUAAUAAUUGCAAUUUAGAGGGAGUCUAAAUUAAUUAUCAUAUAUUUAUUGCUCAAGAUGAAAAGAAACUAUAAAUGUUAGGUUAUUGUGGCAAUGAAUAAUUUGAAAGUCAUAAGGCAGAUGAUGAAAAAAUCUUUAAAAAAAGUGUACAAUCAUUUCACUUAGCUGAUCAUAAUGGAAGUAUAGUAUAUGAAAUUGAAUUUCCUAAUCUAGUUACAUAUGAAUAUGCAUCAAUUGGAGUGUUUGCAACAGUUGAUAAUUUCAUGAAGUACUUAAUUCUAUAUAUGUUUUAGUUCUACUUCUUAAAUUAAAGUGUUUUAUAGAACUAUCCAAGUACCUGUACCAAAUUAUUUUGCCAAAUUUUUAAAUCACAAUAGAACAUUUUUUACCUUCUUAAUAAUUGGCCUCAUUUUUUUAAUAGCAUUACUGACACUUUGGUUAUGCUAUUAUAUAAAACGGUAAAUAAGAUAAUUUAUAUAUUCUUAGAUAUAGAAACACAAAGAAUAAAUUAGAUUCUUAAUUAAAACAGGGAGCUAAAAUUAUUGCUUCCACCUAAUUAUCUUAGAAUGACGAUGCAGCUUUCUAAAAUGAUUUGAGAAUGAAAUAUGAGACAUUUGAAGAGGAUUGA